AUGGCUGCCACAGCGGCCCCAGCCACACCAACACCAUCCCGCUCUGCAGCCCACUCUCCUACACUGAAAAUGUCAGACCUUCUGAGUGUCCAGCUCCCAUCACUGGUGGUCCCACAUGACAAUGACCUUGCAACUAGAAGGGACAAAACUGGGUGCAAGACCUUCAGAAAAUUAUUUCUACAGAUCUGGGAAUCCUUAAG